AUGUCCACUACUGUUUUGAUUUCAGGUGCUUCAGGCUUCAUUGGGUUGCACAUUGUUCAGGAACUUGUAAAGAAGGGGUACAACGUUGUCGGCUCUGUCAGAAGCGACGAGAAAGGCGAAUAUGUGAAGAACGCCUCUGGUAAUCCAGACAAGUUCACUUACGAGAUUGUUGAAGACAUUGAAAAAGAAGGUGCCUUCAAUGAAUUUGUCAAGAAGCAUCAAGAAGCUACUGUGUUUUUGCACACUGCUUCUCCUUUCCACUUCAAUGCCUCUAAUGUCGAAAAAGACUUGCUUUUGCCCGCUGUCAACGGUACAAAAAACGCUUUUCAGUCAAUCAAGGAGAACGGGCCAAACAUCAAGAGAGUGGUCGUCACUUCUUCGUAUGCUGCCAUUGCAUCCGCUGAGAUGGACCAGCAAGCGGACAAGACUUGGGAUGAAUCGUCCUGGAACGAUAUCACCUGGGAGAAGGCAUUGGAAAGCCCUGUUGCAGGUUACUAUGGCUCAAAGACAUUUGCAGAGAAGGCUGCAUGGGACUUUGUCAAGGAGAACAAGCCCAACUUCGUCUUGUCCACUGUAAACCCAGUGUACGUGUUUGGACCGCAACCAACAAACCAAUUCAAAACCACUCAGUUGAACACCUCCUAUGAGCUUAUCAAUAGCAUCUUGAAAAUCAAGGGUACCGAAGAGAAGGUAAACCCAGUCAGUGGAUCUGCUGUAGAUGUGAGAGAUGUUGCCAAGGCUCACCUUGUCGCUUUUGAGAAAGACGAGGCCAAGGAGCAGCGUUUGUUCUUGACGUCAGGACCAUUUACUCAGCAGACAAUCUUGGAUAUCUUGCACACCAACUUCUCGAGCGAAGCACAGCAUGUGCCUAUUGGCGAGCCAGGCUCCGACAGAGAAGAGGUCAAGAAGAGAGCUACUCUCAACAACGACAAGACUAGAAAGCUCUUAGGAUUUGAAUUGAUCUCAGUGGAACAGUCUAUUGCCGACAGUGCCAAGCAGAUUCUUGAGGUCGAGGGUAAGCUCAAAGUGAACACGCUCAACUCGAAGCAUCAGCAAUUGUAA